UUUUUUCAUUUCUCUGUUUUUUCUACUCCCUGUCCCACACGCAUUCUCUGCCUUUUUCUUUCACUCGUCUCUUUACUCCAUUAACAACGAUGCCUUCGACUAAUGAAACCAACGGUGCACCCGCAGUGCCAGCCAACGGAUCACUUGCAUCCUCUGCACCAGCAAAUGUUGAAAGAAAAGGAUCCAUUAGUGGAUCCAACAAGGUCAAACUUCUCAAGCCCUUUAACACUGCCAAUAUCAAGAUCCUUUUGCUCGAAAAUAUUAAUGAGACUGCUGUCACCGGUCUCAGGAACCAGGGUUACCAGGUUGAAACGUAUGCAAAGGCCCUGUCAGAGGAUGUGUUGAUCGAAAAGAUCCGUGAUAUUCAUUGUAUUGGUAUCCGCUCCAAGACUAAACUGACCAGAAAGGUUCUUGAAGCUGCUGAGAAACUGGGUGUCAUUGGAUGUUUCUGUAUUGGUACCAAUCAGGUUGAUCUGGAGUACGCGGCUCAGAGGGGUAUUGCAGUCUUCAAUUCCCCCUUUUCCAACUCGAGGUCUGUAGCAGAGUUGGUUAUUGCAGAAAUCGUUUUAUUGUCCAGACAACUCGGAGACCGUAACCAGGAGAUGCAUCAAGGCAUCUGGUCCAAGGUCUCUGCCAAUUGCUAUGAAAUCCGUGGCAAGACUCUUGGAAUUGUCGGAUAUGGCCACAUUGGAUCACAAUUGUCAGUCCUAGCCGAGGCCAUGGGCAUGCGUGUCCGAUUCCAUGAUGUGGUUCCUUUGAUGCCUCUGGGCACUAGCAAACAAGUCGACUCGUUGAAUGAGCUCCUCGAGAUUUCAGAUUUUGUCACUCUUCAUGUUCCAGAAACAGAGGAAACCAAGAAUAUGAUCGGAGAGCACGAGCUUAACAGGAUGAAGAAGGGUUCCUUCUUGAUUAAUGCUUCCCGAGGCACAGUCGUCCAUAUCCCUGCCCUCGCCAAGGCUCUUCGUUCCGGUCAUCUGGGCGGUGCAGCCGUCGAUGUCUUCCCUAAGGAGCCUGCUGCUAACGGCAAGUUCUUUGAAUCAGAGUUGAUCGGAUGCCCUAACACUCUUCUGACACCUCAUAUCGGAGGUUCGACUGAAGAAGCCCAGUCCAUGAUUGGUAUUGAGGUUUCACAAGCAUUGAUUAAAUUCAUUAACAAUGGCACCUCCAUCGGAGCUGUCAACUUCCCAGAGGUUGAUCUCCGUGCCAUUCGUGAUGAGGAAGAGAACUCGAUCCGUCUCUGCUACACCCAUCAGAACGUUCCCGGUGUUUUGCGUCAGAUUACCGAUAUCUUGGCCGAACAUAAUGUCGACAAACAGUUCUCAGAUUCGAAGGGCAAGAUUGCCUAUCUUAUGGCCGAUAUUUCAGAUGUCACACCAGAGCAGAUUCAAGAAAUCUACCGCCGAGUCAGCGAAACUCCCACCAACAUCGUCACUCGUGUCUUGUACUAAGUACAGGAGUAGGUGGCGUUUAUCGUGGUUUUUUUUUUAAAAAAAAAAAAAAAAAAAAAAAAA